AUGUCAACAACAAAGACAACUAUAUCUUCAAAGUUGGUGUUGUUGGUGUUGGUGUUGGCCAUCAGUCAAUGCUACUCACUGGGCAUCACACCAAACACUCAACACAUUCAACCUUACAUCGAUAGUUAUGUCCGUGCACUGAAUCAACUUGAUCAGUCUGGACGCCACCCAUCCACCUACCACGAACAUAACGGACACAAGUGCACCCAUGACUCUCACUCUCACUAUCACGAGUCAAAUAUAAACAUACUGCCGGGCUCCAAGUCUGUGGCGGCCAACCUCAAGAGCGUCAACUACGAGAGGCAUUCGAUGGCCGCCGUGGCUGAGGUGCAGCCACACCCAGUCAGAAUCAUGCUCAACACGACCUACCUGAACAAUGGCUCGCAGCCAUCAGCAUGCUAUAGCGUGGGCCAGACAGUGGCCAUUGGAAAGGGCGCAUCACGUGGCGCCUGCAAGAUGGACGAUGAGUCCUUUGUGCCAUGCACAUGGACCUGUACCGCCGAGGACGUCAUCACACCGGAGCUUGUGGCGCUCAUCAAGGAGACGAUUAUGCCGACAAUUCUCCAGACAUUCACCCACUACCUCACCACCAAUGGCAGCGAUACUACCACCAUCUUCAAGAUUGUGGAGUGCGACGACACGCGCAUUAUCAUCGACCAGCGCAACGGAUUCAGCGGCGACUACGCACUCUACGUCACUGCGCAUCCCAACUUCCCAAGCGUAAUAGCCACCGGAGGCUUGUGCGCCCUCUUUGAAGACGACGGCCCCGCUGCCGGUUUCCUCAACUUCAACCCUCUCAAGUUUGCCGCCUUUGCCAAAUCUGGCACUUCUGGCCAGACCUGGAUGUCGUUCCUCGGCGUCAGUAUCCAUGAGAGCGUGCACGCACUCGGCUUCUCGCAGUAUCUUUUCCAGAACUACCUAGACCGCUCGACUCGCGCCAAGUACAGCUACCCCAUCGUCACCACACAGUUAUACAAUGGCAUGACACCCUCUGGCGAAUCAUACCAGCGCCCACGCUACUUCCUCUCCUCGCCCACAGUGUUGGCCAUCACCAAGUCGCACUUCAACUGCGAUCAAAUGCCCGGCGCCGAGCUGGAGAACCGUGGCUCGAACACCUCAAGUCAUUGGAAGGCCACAGCCUUUGGUGAGGAGAUCAUGCUCGGCUUUGCCCUGCCCGUCUACCCGCUCUCCAACCUGACAUUGGCCGCACUCUAUGACAGUGGAUGGUGGGGACUGUCCAACCUCACGGGCGUCGACCCAUUGGUCUGGGGCAGGAACAAGGGCUGCGCCUUUGCCAUGGAGCCAUGCAGUCCCGCCACAUGGAACUUCACCGGCUACUGGAAUGAUACCGCUGCCACCUCCAAGUACUCUACCUACGGAUGCACUGCCACCAGGUCAGGCGUGGGAACGUGGGCAGCCCGCAACUACUCUGGCACAUACGAGCUCAAGCCAUACGAACAGCACUUUUCUCAGAGUCCCUACCUUGGCUUCUACCUCCCCUUCAGGGACUACUGUGUGUCGAACGACGUCGUCUUCUUGAAUUCCAACUAUUAUUGCUCGGAUGUCACAGUGAAGAAUACAUCACAGUACGAACAGUUUGGACCACAGUCGCGAUGCUUUGAUUCGCAGGCUACCAGCGGCAGCCCCGUGCGUCCAACAUGCUAUCCACAAAAGUGUAGCGAGGACAACACACUGAUGAUCCAGGUCAAUGGCGAAUGGAACAGCUGUGCCAACACACCCAGCUUCACCUCGUCAGGCGUCACCGUCUACUGUCCAGACAAGAGCUACACGUUCUGUGAUCGCCUGCUGUUCGCCAGUCCGCCAUCGAACGUGCCAGUGGUGCCCACUUCACCACCUCUGCCCAACAUCACCUCGAGCAAUCCAACUCUGACACCAACGACCACCACCACCACCAACAAGCCAAGUGCCGGUGGCAUCCUAUCAACUGGAAGUGCAUGGAUCAUCGUAACAAUAUCACUGAUCUUCACUCUAUUAAAUUAA